AUGCCCCAAAAUUCCUUCAAAUGUCAUAGGGUAAAGAACAAAAUUCAAAAUGCCCAAAAUAUCUCUCCGUUUAAUAAACUUAAUCUUUUACUUUUCCAGGUGCUUCUUUGCCGCUUCCUUCAAUUUCUCGUGGGCAAAGCGUUUAAGUCCAUCGGGCCAUUGAUUGCAAUUUGGUUGCAAAAAAUUUUCAAUUAUUGUGUCAAUAUUUGUUCCCUUCUUUAUAAAUUUGUUAAUGUUGUUGGACAGGAAUUGCUCGAAUGCUGGAAUUAAGGAAUCAACUAAGGCACGAGCAGCAUUUACUUGGGAUUCACUGAAAAAAUAAAUAGUUAAUAACGCUGAGUUUACUUUUGAUAUGGCUUCGUCAUGGGGACAAAUUGAGCCGACAUAAGGAAAGAAGGUAA